AGUCAUCUACCCAUUGUACAAACAAACAUAAACGUCUUAUCAAUCGGAAAAGCAACAAUUCAUUCAUUCAUUCUCACUUCCAAGUUCAAAGCGCGCACACGGCGAACGCCAGAUCAAAGUUAAUAUAAAUUAUAAAAUAAUUUCAUCAUAAUUCAAAUUCAGAUCCUAAGAAAAUACAAUGUCAAUUUUCGGUCCUGAGUUCGAUCAAAUCUGGCCAAAAGCCGGUUCUGCUUUGAAAUUGACUGAAUUCGGUAAAAGGCUUUUGAAGCAAUGCGAAAAUAUUAAAAAGCCGGAAAAUGUCGAUGUUGAUAUUGAGGCAUUUAUGAAGAAAUCGUCCGAAUUUCCUUUGGAGUUUGGGUCUAAUAACUGCAGGGUGAUGAGCCAACCCAAGGAUCGUUACCCCAUCAUUAAGAAGCAAAUUUCAUCAGCAUAUCCAGUAAUCCAUGAGAGGGUGUUGCAAUUGUAUUUGGAUUUCUUGGAAUAUAAAUGUUUGUAUGGAAAUUCAAUUGAAAAAGAAAUUUACCAUAACUUAAGUUUAAGCCAGUUCAUACAACGUCUAUUAGAAAAGCGUUGUGCAAGUUUCUUGGGCCGAAAUGACAAAUUCUUGUUAAUCAGCGGUCGACGUGGUUGUGGCGGUUUCAGAGAUGUGGGAACGACAAAAGAAAAACACCCAUUAUUACUGAAACAUGUUUUAAGCUAUGAUGAAAUAAAGCUUUCAGCACUUUUGUCCGUUUCCUCGUAUUCGGAAUUGAUAAACAAUGGCAAUCGCCAGAAUUGCGGAGUUAUUGAAAAAAAUAAAUCUCUUAUAGAACAAGAUGGUGUAGUGAUGGGUUUAAUUGGUGCCCGACUUAAUCAACCAAAUGUUAUGGAAUUUCAGGAUAUAAUUAUCACAAAAACACAAAAUGUUGAAGAAAAUGGUUACGGUUCUACACCUCAUCAAAAUUCCAAUAAUAACAGAGUCAGAUAUCGUAAAAUAUGGCGAAAAUUUUAUGAAGAAUCUGAUUUCCUAUUCACAUCUAUAAAAAAGGAUAAUCGCCGCUUUGGACCAACAAAAUGCCCAGACGAUGUUUUUGACAGUUUAAUGAUGAAGAAACGCUACACAAUGUCAUUUGACACUCUAUUACUGGAGAGCAAUGAACGUGCCAAACGUGCAGGUCAACAGGCAUAUAUACAUGUUGUUGGAAUUGGUCUGGGAGUCUGGAAUGCUGCGGAGCAACAGGAGAAAAUAUUUCUGGAAACAUUUACACAGAGAGUAAAAUAUUUAUUACCAAAACUCCAGUGCAUAGACGUUUUACAUUUCUCUUGGUUUCAAUUGAAUGCGUGGGGUGAACUGAAAAAUGGCAAGCUUUUCAAAUCGGAAAAUCAUCCUUCAGGUGGCAUUACAUGCUACAUAUCAAAACGAAAUCCAGCAGAUAAACUAAAAACAUGUGACAAUAAAGCCAGAAUCUUGAUUAUUUCAUAUGCAUGGGAUGGCAAUGCUUUGCCAGGCAAUGAAUUUUGGAUGAAAAUGCUGAAAUCGACUGGAGACUCCUCCACUGCCUGUAGCACUCUUAUAACAGAACUCCACAAUCCCCACAUUAAUACGGAAUGGGUGAAUGGAGACAAUUUACACAUUGCCAGUGAGAAUUAUGGUGUGGUACAUAUUGCAGAUUAUGUAAAAAAUACAAAACCAGACUAAGUCCAAUCUAUAAUAAAAAAGGUGAAUUUUAUGGAAAAAUGAGACUACAAUUGAAAAAAAAAGUGAAAACUGUAUAUCAACGUAAUCUUAAUUCUCGGCCAGCGAGAAUUAUGGUGUCAUACAUAUUGCAGAUCAUUUUUAAAAUACAAAACCUGG